UCUCUUCAAUCCUGAUUGUGCUUUGCAUCUAGAUAUUAAUUGCUGUCAAACCGGACUCCGUCCAACAUAAAUGUCUCUGCCGGAGAACUUGCAGCCUGAUCCGGCAAGCCCAGGCUGGUUGAACAAAGGUGACAAUUCUUGGCAACUCACUGCAGCUACCCUGGUGGGCCUCCAAAGCGUUCCAGGCCUCGUAAUCCUAUACGGGAGCAUAGUGAAAAAGAAAUGGGCUGUUAACUCGGCCUUCAUGGCCCUUUACGCCUUUGCUGCGGUCCUUGUUUGUUGGGUGGGGUGGGGAUACCGAAUGUCUUUCGGGGACAAGUUCAUUUAUGUCCUAGGGAUGCCCAAUGUUUCAUUGGACGCACAGUAUCUCAUCGAGCAGGCCUUUCUUGGCUAUUUACCAAAUGCAACCAUGGUCUACUUCCAGUUUGUGUUUGCAGCUAUCACCUUGAUUCUGAUAGCUGGGGCAUUGCUUGGAAGGAUGAAUUUUCUUGCAUGGAUGUUGUUUGUGCCACUCUGGUUGACAUUUUCCUACACUAUAACUGCCUACAGUAUUUGGUGCCCUGAUGGGUGGCUGUCUAAGAAAGGCAUUAUUGAUUAUUCUGGAGGAUAUGUCAUUCAUUUAUCUUCUGGUGUAGCUGGUUUCACUGCAGCUUACUGGGUUGGACCAAGGACCACAAGGGACAGGGAGAGAUUCCCACCAAACAACAUCCUGCUGAUGCUAGCAGGGGCCGGACUACUUUGGAUGGGAUGGACUGGUUUCAACGGGGGUGAUCCGUAUACUGUCAGCACGGAUGCAUCGUUAGCCGUCCUUAACACCCACGUCUGCACUGCCACAAGCUUAUUGACGUGGCUCAUGCUUGACAUUAUUUUCUUCGGAAAGCCCUCCGUUAUCGGAGCCACACAGGGCAUGAUCACUGGUUUAGUUUGUAUCACCCCUGCAGCAGGAGUGGUUCAAGGUUGGGCAGCAAUAUUGAUGGGAAUAAUAUCUGGUAGCAUCCCAUGGUACAGCAUGAUGGUCCUGCACAAGAAGAUAUGGCUCCUCAAGCAAGUUGAUGACACAAUGGCAGUGUUCCAUACGCACGCUGUAGCGGGCAGCCUAGGAGGCAUCCUGACCGGCUUGUUCGCGGUGCCUAAGCUCAACCGACUUUUCUACAUGGUAGAUGAAUGGGAGCACUACAUCGGUCUUUUCUACGGAUUCCAUGAAGGGCGCUUCAAAGCAGGGCUCAAGCAGUUGGGUAUUCAAUUGCUAGGAAUCUUAUUUGUAGUGACCCUCAACAUAAUCACGACUAGUGUGAUAUGUUUUUUGAUCAAUCUGGUCGUUCCACUAAGAUUAGCUGAGGAUGAAUUGCAAACUGGGGAUGAUGCAAUCCAUGGAGAGGAAGCUUACGCACUGUGGGGAGAUGGGGAGAAAUAUGAAUCUAAGCUGAAUUCUGUUUGUGAGGAAUUCCCACCACCCGCAAAAGCUGGUGAGGUUCAAAUGGUUUGAUUUGAUGGUGCUUAUUAAAGACAUUGUGGGGGAUUGAACAUGUUGUAGAGGGUCUAAAGCAUUGGCGCCCAAAGCUUAACUUGUCUAAAUGUUUGUUUCCACUUUCUUUCCGUUUUGUUCUUUGUCCUUUCCCUUUCGCAAUGAUUAGACUACACACAAAUGGGAGGAACCAGAAAGGUGAAGAAGGGAGGAAUUAUAUAACUUGCAGAUGAUGGGAAGAUGAAUUUGAUCAAUGUACACUCAUCGAUAGAAAUAAGAACCUUAUACCACUCUUCACUCUUGUACUUGAUGAAUGCAAUCAUUUUAGUGACAUUUCAACUUUGCAAUUGUUGUUCGGCUUUUGGCUUGGAUUUUGCUAGUCAAUUCCCUUUCCUAUUCAACACUACUACCUAAGCAAUAUUUUUCGGCUAUAGUCCAAAAA